AUGAAAAGACAGGAAAUAUAUAUGUCACUGCAAGACGAAAAAAAACCAAAGACAACAUCUGCUCCUCAGCAAGAUAUAUUCACCAGUGUUGGGGAUCAAGCUGCAUCAGUAGAUAGAGAGGCUACUGUUGGCGAUGAAGCUUCAAAUGCCGAGACGUCUAAUGAUGCAGAGCAAGGAAACGAGGGCCUCAGGAAGACAGGUGCUGAAGAUUCUGAAGGGCAUCCUGUUCAAGAAAUAGAUAGUUUGUGCAUGAAUUGUCACAAGACAGGCAAGACAACGUUACUUUUGACCAAAAUUCCAUUUUUUAGAGAGGUUAUUAUAAUGUCUUUUGAAUGUCCGUUUUGUCAUUUCAAGAACUCUGAAAUCCAACCCGCUGCAGAAAUAGCAGAAAAAGGAUCAAGAUACACCUUGAAAAUCGAAGACAAGAAGGAUUUUGGUCGCCAAGUUGUCAAAUCCGAAACAGCUACUUGCAGAUUUUCUGAGUUGGAUAUUGAGAUUCCACCGAAGAGGGGACAGUUAACGAACGUUGAAGGGUUGCUCAGCGAGAUGAUAGAUGACUUAGAAGCUGACCAACCCGCGAGAAAGGAGCACCAGCCAGAAAUUUAUGGCAAGAUAAAUGAGGUUGUCGAAAAGAUCCGGUCUUAUCUCAAUGCGGAUCCUAAUACAUUACCUUUAACAUUUUCAAUAGAUGAUCCGGCUGGAAAUUCCUGGAUUGAAUACAUUCCUGGUGAACCGAGUCAUAAAUGGUCAAUGUACGAAUAUAAUAGAACCGCUGAGCAAAAUGUCUUUUUGGGUCUCAUUUCAGCUGAUGAUGUUCAAAAACAACAUGAGAUUGAAAUUGAGAACAAGAAAAAAGCGACAAGUGAAAAUAUAUCUUCAUCAUUGAAGAAGUCACAAGACAGAGACACUGAUAUUAAGUCGACUGGCUUUACUUCUGAUUCAACUGAUAUUGAAAACUUUGAAAAUGAGAUUCAAACAUUCCAUGCCACCUGUUCAAAUUGUUUCAAGCCGUGUGAGACUCAUAUGAAGACAAUCAAUAUACCUCAUUUUAAAGAUGUAAUUUUAAUGUCCACAGUUUGUGAACAUUGUGGCUAUAAAUCCAACGAGGUGAAAACAGGUGGUGAGAUUCCUCCUCAUGGAAGAAGAAUUACGCUUAAAGUAACGGAUCCCGAGGAUUUAGCUCGUGAUCUUUUGAAAAGUGAGACCUGUGGUUUGGUUAUACCAGAAUUGGAUUUGGACCUUACACCAGGUACCUUAGGAGGCAGAUUUACUACUAUAGAGGGGCUCUUGUCACAGGUUUAUGAAGAACUAUAUGGUAGAGUAUUUACUGAAACAUCAGAUUCCAUGGAUGAUGCCACACGUACUCGAUGGACCUCUUUUUUCGCCAGAUUGCAGGAUGCAAUUGAUGGGAAGAUUGGCUUUACUAUUGUCAUGGAAGAUCCGUUGGCAUCUUCUUAUAUCCAAAAUGUCUAUGCCCCAGAUAAUGAUCCAAAUAUGAUCGUUGAGGAUUACGAGCGAACUGAUGAACAAAAUGAGAGCUUAGGGCUCAAUGACAUGAAAACUGACUAA